CUUUGAGUAUUGUAUUUAUAAAAAUAGCCAUGACGCCUUUCCUAUGGAUCGAUGACUUUUCUCACCAGACGAUAACUCACAGACUUCUCAGUUCUCACAUUCACAUCGACAAACCCGACACUCCUUACGAUCAACAUAACUCCUGUCAAGAUGCACACAACUCUCAAGAUUGCCCUUCUCGGUCUUUUCUCCCUGGCCGCUGCCGUGCCAUCCUCUCCCAAUGCUGACGCCGGUACACUCUUCGCCAUCGAAAAGAGGUGCACAGGACUCUAUGCCAGAUGCAAUGACGACUGCUGUGGCUCCUUGACUAGCUGCAACUGGAUCCCCAUUUGUGGCAACAACCGUUGCGUAUCAUAUGAUCCCACUAUUACCUACAACCCUACUUGCAACUAAGAGGCUGCUCCAUAAGACGUUUAGAGGGCUCGAAACUGGUGGGCUUAGUCGGCUUUGAGUUUCCAGUCACUAUGCAUUGUUGUGUACUUAUCAAGGUUUCGAACGGAAGUAGAGAAAGCUGAGUUGGAAUUCAGACACGCGAUCUCCUGGCGGGGUGGACUAGCCUCUAGGGCUGUCACCGAAGAGAGCUCAGAACUCAUUCUAUUUCGUCACUAUAUCGAUAUCUUAUUGACAAAAAAGCGCUGGCUUGUAAAAGCACAUUAUACUUUCCAGGAUCGUUUCCCGACGAUCAAGCGGCUUUCCCAAUUUUGGUCCUCAAGGCUGAUGAUUAGCAAGUUCAUUUGGCGAGUUUAAGUGGCUUCAAAACAUUGCUUCUGAUAUUGAACCUCUCUAGUAGACCGAUCGAAGUCUCAAGUCAUUAGUGCUAAAUACAACACUCUGGCUUCAGGGGAGCUAACGGAGCUCUCGAAACUAAUCC